UUCAACCCAGCCAAACACCUGGCCUACUCCCCGCCUUCGUCUAUCUUGACCAUGAGGGACCUUUCCCUUGAGCCUACUGCACUGUCGCCGGUUGCAACAACAGAGCCGUUCUCGUUGCUCUCCCAUGAGGCCGUUCUGCAGCAUCGACGAGAUCUCUUCAGCAAGGAUGUUCUUGACAACUGCCUCCACCACACCCGCCCUGGUUCUGUGCAGCUUCGCGGCAUGGCUCCUCGCUAUGCCCCCUUCAUUCACCAGUUUUGGCACUCUCCCGAAGUUUUGAAGAUUGUUAGUGACAUUGCCGGUGUCGAGCUCGUCCCAGCUAUGGACUACGAAAUCAGCCAUACCAACGUCCAGCUUGGUCCCGGUGGACUUGACGCUCCCAAGAAACAAGAGGUCACGGACCAGACAAAACCAAUCAUCGAGUGGCAUCAAGACUCCCACCCCUGGGUCUGCGUCGUGAUGCUUUCAGACGCUAGACAUAUGUCCGGUGGCGAGACGGAGCUCAUGAAGGGCGAUGGGACGACCCUCAAGGUGAAGGCACCGCAAAUGGUAAGUAACAUGUCCAUCUCAUGCCAGUCAGCACCUGUGACUAACAUGCCGGAACGAGUCACUAUCGUCACGUCCUUUCGGCCAAAGAACCCCCUGCUCGUAGACGACACCACCAACAAGAACGUCAGGAACAAGUCUCACCUCACCGAGCUAUACUACCAAUGGACUACAUAUCGUCUGGAUGUGAUUGCUCAGCGCGCUCGCAUC